AUGUACAAUCGGUCCAAAAGGCUUGAGCCAGAUGAAGAUGAACUGUAUAACACUGCAAAAAAGUCCAAGGCAACUAAAGCUUUAGGGAGGUUGUACUUGGAGACGAUUAACUUAAAGAAGCUCGAUUUUGACCUUGAGAAGAUCUGCUCCGUUACCUUAUCACAUCUCAACGUUUACUGUUGUCUAGUCUGUGGCAAAUACCUUCAGGGACGAGGUAAGGAAUCUGUUGCCUUUCUUCACGCCAUCAAUGAUGAUCAUCACGUUUUUAUUAACACGGAGACGCUGAAAGUUUAUGUUUUGCCUGAUAAUUAUGAAGUCAAUGAUUUUCGAUACUUAGACAAUAUCAAAUAUGCUAUUUUUCCCACCUUCAUACUUCAAAAUGGGCAAAACUAUUCACAGAAGUGUUAUGAUUUGGAUAAUGAUUCUUAUAUCAGCGGUUUUGUGCCACUAAAUUGCGUUUCAGGUGAUUCGUAUGCCAAUGUGAUAAUUCAUGCUAUAGCUCAUAUUUCGCCCUUGAGAGAUUAUUUGUUACUGAAAAAUAAAAAAGAUGAGUACAAAGAUCAGUUAACACAGAGACUGUCGGUAUUAGUGAGAAGGAUGUGGUCACCUAAGUUAUUCAGGCGCCAUGUCUCACCAUAUGAGUUUUUUCAAUAUCUUUCGAUUCUCUCUAAGGAUAGUAAGAUUCUUAAGACUUUGCAUCAUAAGAAAGACCCAAAGGAUUUUCUACUCUGGAUAUUUAACCAUGUCUUAUCCUCAGAUAAAAGUUCUGAUUUCAAGGAAGCCAUCACGGGGAAUUGUCGUGGAGAAGUUAGUGUAAGUUCAACAAAAGUUGAAGAACUUACAGACGAGUCGGGAAAGCGACUUCAAUUUGUGGAAAUCCACGAAUCAAAGCGCUCACACAUUUCAAAGUUUUGGACUCUGUCUCUUGAUUUGCCUCCCAAGCCUCUAUUUGCUGAUGGCAGAAAUGUGAACAAUUGGCCCCAGGUCAAACUUAUUGAUUUGAUGAAGAAAUUUGAUGGCACCAAGCAAAUUCAUAGCAGUAACAGUGUGAGAACAUAUAAAUUGACUAAACUUCCAUCGUAUCUGAUAUUGCAUAUUGAUAGGUUCGCACAUAAGAUGCCAAUGCCUGUCAAAAAUAGAAAUCAAGCUGUUGUUGAGUUCCCUCUAAAUAUGUCAAUUGGUGGGGCAUCAUAUAGAUUGAUAUGCAAUAUUGUUCACAAGGCACUCCCAAGCCGGAAUGGCAGCCAAGAGGAGGACAAAGACUUGAGUAGUGAAUGGAAGAUACAAAUACUGGAGCCGCUAUCUGGCGAUUGGUAUGAGUUCCAAGAUAAGUCGAUUCGCGCCAAAGAAAAGGAGCUUCUAUUUCUGGACGAAAGCUUUCUACAAGUUUGGGAGAAAAUCCAGUAG